UCUGGUUUGUGGGGCUGGUCUUCACGCCGAGGGAAGGAUGGAUGAGUUUUACUCCGGAGUCGUUUCUGCAGCUGUGAUUCAACCACGGAAGCCUAUCCUAUAAAAGAGAAAGUUCUCCUCAAUGAUGGAAAAGAUUACCUUGAUAAUAACAUGAGACCUUCUGGAGUUGUCUGCAGGGAAAGUAAGACACAAGUAAACAGUGACUGGUGAAAGGACUGAACAGUGCUUUGCAUCCUGGAACAGUUUAGAUGAUGGAAAAAGCAAACCCCUGCUUCUCAGUCGACCUGCAUUCAUCCUCAACAUGCACCGGUUCCUCUCGAGGUACCUUGUGAAUCAUCGCAGCUGCGUCACUGCUAACGUUUGCGACCCUGAAUAACUUCUACAGUGUCCGUUUGAAGAUCCGCUUUCAGAAGGAAGGUAACUUGGAGAAAAUGAGGCCUACUGGUCUAAGUCCAGCGGUUGCACAGCUGGAGCAGUGUGGUUUUGUCGACGACGAUGAAAAGUGCCUGUCCUCUUUAAACCAAGCUGUUCACAUGGAGGCUCUGAAGAUGUGUAGCUUGUCUGAGUCGCCUGUGUCGAUAACAACAGAUGAUUUUGAUUUGGUGUGUUCCACAGAAAGAGCCAUUGUGUCGUAUAUCAGCAGCGUAAAGAGUGACUCGUCGGUUGUAGAUAACCUAUCGCACGUUAGCGACACGUUGUCCCCUUCCUUAUUCUGCUCUUCCCUGUCCACGUCAUCUUUCAGUGCCUUCUCUCCAUCCUUCUCUUCCCCUUCCUCCAGCCACUCGUCUGGCUCAAUAUCAGAGCUGUGUUUGACCUCUCCGUCUCUCUCAGCUCUCUGCGGUCCACCCGAGGCCCAGGAUCUUCUCUACAGUUGCACAUCGCAGAAACCUCCAGAAGGAUGUUUGUAUCCCAAGUCUCCUAAACAAGAAGCUGUUGCCGAAUUCCAUCUUUGCAACAAGAAGCUUCUGCUCAAGGAGGAGCUCCUUCAGUAUCUGUGCACCGACGCAGCCAAAAAAGAAACCCAGCAUCUUAACCUUCACAAUACUCAGACGGACGUAUCAGAAAAGCUCCCUACGCUGCAGCAGCUGAAGAAUGACCUGGGACUGAGCAGUCUUCCUGGAGCUGAGGGAAUGAAUGAACACUUGAGUGAAGAACAGCCGUGCAGAUGGAUGGAUUGUAGGGCUACCUAUGGGCUGAAAGAAGAACUGGUGAGGCAUAUAGAGAAAGUGCACAUAGAUCAGAGAAAAGGAGAGGAGUUUACCUGCUUCUGGGCAGGAUGUGUUCGUCGGCACAAGCCCUUCAACGCUCGAUACAAACUGCUCAUUCAUAUGAGAGUCCAUUCUGGUGAAAAGCCCAACAAAUGCAUGUUUGAAGGCUGCAGUAAGGCAUUUUCUCGUCUGGAGAACCUGAAGAUCCACCUACGCAGCCACACCGGAGAGAAGCCCUACAUUUGCCAGCAUCCUGGCUGUCUCAAGGCCUUCAGCAACUCUAGUGAUCGAGCCAAACACCAGCGCACACACCUGGACACGAAACCGUAUGCAUGUCAGCUCCCAGGGUGCACCAAACGUUACACCGACCCCAGCUCGUUGCGCAAACACGUCAAGGUCCACUCCAGUAAAGCCCUGCAGGCCCAGGACAAGGUCCAUCUACACAGUAAGGUGGAGCAGGAAGUUGUAGAUGUGUGCCUUGGCUUGCAGCAUCUCCACGGCUCUGCUCCUUCAGUACAGAGUCCAGACCAUAGACGUCCUGCCUCCCUCAGUGAGAUUCAUCAGGAGGGUUUUACUGCAUACCCAGAGGAGGAGUCCUGCAGCAGAGCCUUAUCUCUGGAGUGUCCCAGCAGACACUGCAGCAUGGAUGAGCGCAGCAUCAGCCUCCACAACCACCUGCACAAUAACAAGCUCAAUCAGCCGAGACUUUCUCCGCUGGUUAGUGGUACCAGUGAGGUCCAGUCUGUCUCUGACAAACACAGCUCCUUCCUAAACCCACAUCAAAAACUCAACCAGAUGUUUCAUGAAGUACCAAUAAAUCACCAAGUUUUUCAGGCCGCUUUUAAUCGAGAUGAGCAGAUUUACGGCAGUGGAAGAGAUGACCUGCAUAAUUUCGACCAAAAUGGAUUUCCCUUUAUGUGUAUGAACUCUUCUGCAGGCUACAGCGUAUCCCAGGACAUACAGUCGAUGAGUGGGAAUCGCCUCCCUCCCUGUCCUGUUCCAGUUGGGAUCUAUGAGCGCUGCCUCAGUCAGAUCUGCUCUCUGUAGAUGUGAGAUACACCUUUGGUCCGCUGCAUCUGAGAUGAGCGCGGCGGCGCAGGAACGACUUGAAAGCAUGGGCCUUUGAGGAAGUGCAGCUCUGAAUGAAGACUCUUUAAAGAGAACUGUGCGAGGCAUCGUCCUCAGAAAGAUCCCUCGAGGAGUGCUUCAGAGAUCAGAGAAACUAAUCAAAUUUGGCACUGAUGAUGAUGAUGAUGAUGCAGCCUUAUGUUUUGAUGUUAAACAGACACUGUAAUUUUCUCUUUGAGCGUGUACAGAGAAUGCUGUUUACACUGAGUUGGUAAUAUGUCAUUUCUUUGUUUUGUUGUAUUUUUAAGCAUUAUAUUCUCAUAUGUGACCCUGAAUCACAAAACCAGUAAUAAGGGGCAGUUUUUUGAAAUUCGAGAUUUAAAUAAAUAAAUAAACUUUUCUGUGAUGUAUAGUUUGUUUGUGAGGACAGAACAAUAUUUGGCCGACAAAGUCUUUGAAUGCCUGCAAACUGAUUUUAAUAAUUUUUUUAUAUUGAGAAAAUCACCUUUAAAGUUGUCAAAAUGAAGUUGCAAUGCAAUGCAUAUUGCUAAUCAAAAAAAUAAAUAAAUCCAUAUUUCUUUAAGAAAUGCAAAUUAUCUUAAUGCAACAUGAUCUUCCUCUCUAUCUGUCUUUUCAGGUGUUUGACCUUGAAAUGUUCGUCUUCGGGCUAAAAGAAGCCACUACAAGAAGGAUGCUGCCAUCUCGUGGUUCAGUCGAAUAUACCGCCUGAAAAGUUGGUCCCUUUUUUUCUCAUCCAGCGGUAUGUCAUGUUUUGAUUUAAAAAAACAACAAUUAAGAAUAACAUAAUAAAAAAAAUUCAAAAGUAAUUUUUAUCUCUCGGUACGAUUUUUAAAAUUGUUAUCUUUACUUGCUCACUGGGGGCUUUAAAACCCCCAUUUUAUGUAAUUGUAUGUAAAAUAUGAAACAACAAAGAUCAUGAAAAGCGCUACAAGCAAAUAGACCUACGUAAACCUCAGUGCCGUAAACAAGCAGCUAAACGUCGUUAUCUUAAACGGGU